UAUAUAACAAUUAUAUUAAUUCAAUAUUAAUUGCUUAAAUAGACAUUCAUGGAGUCUCCUAAUAUUUACAUCAAGAAACUGGGUCAUCCUAUUAAAGAAAUUCGUGAAAGAUCCCUCAAGUUGCUUUUGACAAAGUUACAAUGUGGAUGGGUACUACCGGACGAAAUUGAUAUUAUCCGAGAGCUUGUAAACAAUUUAUUGAAUUGGUUGAAUGAAAACCAUCCUCUUCAAAAGGAAGUUCUGCAGUUAUUGCUGAUAACACUAAAAACAAAAAAUGGUGCUUACAUUGUAAAGGACCAAGGUGUUAGUACAAUUCUAACACACCUUAAUAGCUUAAAAAGUAACACAGACGCUAUUGAUGUAUUAGAAGAUAUUAUUGAAACUCUUCGUUUUAUAAACACUGUGGAUUCUGAAUGUUCUUUAAGAAUACCUCCCCUGCAGCUUAACUCUUCUAGUAGUUCUAAAACAAGUAGAAAUGGGAGCAGUUGUAAUGGUUUUAACAAUGAAUGUCAAGAAAAAAUUUACUGCUUUGUUGGAAAUGAUGGAGAAACAUAUAAAAACCAAAAAACAGACAUAAAAAACAGUGGCAUAAAGUGUCUUCUUUUUCCAUGGGUGGAUUUGGGACCAUCAGAUAUAAAGACGAUGAAUUUAAUCAUGGACUCACUGAAAGUGUCAAAAUCCACAAGAAGGUGUUGUAGGUUUAUACGAGAUGUCUUUCUGCGUGACUUCCCAGUUCAAAUAUUCUUAAACAGGCCAACAAUAGUCAAGACUUUACUGGCUAUAUCAAGUGGGCAAUGUGGCGGGAACCCACAAGAGGCACUAUGUGUGCUGUUGUGCAUAACCAGAGCUCUGCAUAUGCAGUUUAUGCAAUUAUUAAGCUUGGAUUUUGUAUGUAAGUCACAGAAGGUUUCAGAAAAUAAAGAAGAUAUGGAAGAUAAUAUCAACCUAGAGCUUCAGAAAGCAAUAGACUAUAGACAGGAUUCACCACAUCAAGACGCGCUUUUAGCAUUGAGGCAACAGCCCGUGCCGAUAUUCGCACUUGACGCUUUACAGACAAUAUUCACAGUGAUGGCGAGAAGUGUGGUUGAUGAAUCAACAAUUGAAGAUUUGGAUUUGAAACAAAUUAACACAUGUUUAUCUCUUGUUGACUCCAUGCUCAAGUUAUUACUGGAUUGCGUUACUAAGAAAUUCUGGCGAGUAGAACACAGUACUAAAACGCACAGAGACAUUGCACAUAAGUCUUGCAUUGUCAUGCGUAUGCUUGGGGACUUACUAACGAAAUACAAUAAAGCAUUUGAGAAAAAUCCCGAAGGUGUAUACUAUCGCAUAGUUUGGUUGCGUCUUGUGCAAUGUGGGGGGCAGUUAUUACAAUGGGCCAAAGACUCGCCGCUUCCACCUGCAACCCUUGUGACAGCUCUACAAAUGGCUCAGAUUGACCCUGUACUAGAUCUUUUAUAUCCAAAAAUAAGUUAUCAAAUUAAUAAUGUUUUGAGUGUGGCGAAAUCGUCAUUAGAUAAAGAGCAUAAAAGUAAAUUUUGUGAGCUAACCAAGGUAUAUACGAGCAUAGAGUGUGCUGUAAAGUUUAAGACAAUAAAAUUCAAGGAAUCAAGGAAUGACGAGGAGCUUCUUAUAUCAAUCCAAAAGACCCUGCCGAUAUUCCAUUUCAAUUUAGAUAAGAAGUAUUUUAAAGAAGUAGUGUCCGUUUUGUUUGAGACAGCCAAGAAUCUUGACCAAAACGAUAUAAAUUGGUGCAUGGAGUGUGAAAUAGCUCUGAAAUUAAUGGCUCACGGUGUGGAGUGGAUAAAAACAACAUUCUACAUGUUGUUGACCGAGUUUAUAAGAAAUGCGUUUGUUGGCGACGAAAGCAAGCAGACUGAAAACGAAAAAUGUCUGAAACUUAUGUGCCAUGUUGAAAUACUGACGGAAAUCUGCUGCCAGGGUCUCUCGUCGAAUAUAGAAGAGGUAGAAGCCAGUUCGUCCGAGAUAAUGCUGCUGAUACUCCGUGGUCGGCUGGUGCUGAGCGAGGGUUGCUGGUGGCAGCUACUGGCGACCGUGCAGGCGGUCUUCCCCCUUCUGCAUGUGUACGCCGCACACGACACAGUACUCGGUAAAGCGAUAUGCAAAUCUCUAGAAAUGGAGAUCAGUAUGUGUAUGGGCGUGUCGAGGGCGGAGCGGCGGCGGGGGCUGGCGCGCGCGCUGUACGUACACUGCGGCGCCGUGCGGGUUGACGCUGCACGACAGCUGUGCCAUGAGCUGGAUGACAAAAAAUAUUUGCCGCCAAGUGAGUCCGUACGAGCCGACGUUUUGUUGAACGCUAUGAAACGUGUUGAGCCGCAGGACUUUAAUUUAGAAGACUCAGCCAUGCAAAGCUCACAAGUAAGUCAGACUACCGGUCUUGAACAAAUUCUGGAAGUACUAAAACAAGACCUAACACUGGAGACGGAUGGUUUGACAUACAGCGCUCGAGAGGGCUUGUCAAAGGCCACGCUCGAGCCCGCUCUGCGACGAAGCACCCUGCAGCAGCUAGCCGUCAUGAUGAGGAAUAGAGGGAUGCAUGAAGUGUUCAUGAAAAAUAAUGGACUCAAUCUCAUUGUAUCACUGUUGAGGAUGUCUCUGAUGGUUGACGAUUUCUUGACGUAUCCCGAGUGUGCAAUCAGCUGCGUAUCAAUUUUGAACAGCAUUGGAUUCGAGAGCCGACACACUUUAGCGAGCAUUCAGGAUUUGCCGUUGCUUUUGCUGCGAGUAAUACUAAUAUUCCCUGCCAACGACAGCUGCGUGCUACUGUGCACGCAAGUGCUCGCUCUAUGUAUAUGGGCGGGGUUUGUGCUGCACGAGAUAGACGCUCAAGGGCAUCGCGCGCCCGCCGCACCGCUCAGCGUCGUGCGUCGCACACGCCUGCCCUUCCCUGCGCUGUCCUACUGGAACACCAGCCCCAACACCGAACAUUCUAGAAUAGAUUGGCUCCUAAGUGAUGAAACUUGGCGAAACGCAGUGGUCUUUCGCUGGUGGUGGGCGAACGGCGGUGCAGCGGGCGUGCGGGCGGGGCUGGUCUCGGAAGCGAAUGAGUACUUCGCCCCCAACGUCAGCGCCCCUGGUCCCGCGCUCACGGCGUCGGCGUCUUGUCUCACCGCAGUGUGUACUCAGUCACUGUUGGCGCUAGAAAACGCCACCUCACACCAACAAGUCAUUCAGGCCCUGUUAUUGCUGCAGAGUUGUUUACCUCUGACGUGCGUAUCCCGGGCGCCGCGCGAGCUGUGCGGUCUGCCGUGGCGGCACACGGCGCGGUUCCUGCGGGCGCCCCCCGCCUCGCCCGCUGACGUGCACCUGCUGAAUACGCUCCUGCACUGCGUGCUUGCGUACAUGACACACGUGUCGGCUAGAGAUAACUCAAUGACCUGGAUCAAGGAGCUAUUUAUUGGCAACGACGCUUCGAUAAUAGCUCUGUUGAGCCGAGACCAGAUGUACCCGCACUCUACACAAGACGACAUAGAGUUGACACAACUAAGAAUACUCAUAGUGAGAGUUCUAGUACGCAGCAUAGAGAUUGUCCAACAAGAUGGCGAUUAUAGUUCUAACAAAAUGGAGUCUCUCAUAAAAAUACUGUUGGCCUCGUUGGAGAUGAUCGAUUUGAAGAAUUUUCACAUGUUGGGUUAUCUCAACGAGCUGCUACGAUGUACACGAUACGCGGUGUAUUCCCGGUACUGUGUGCUAUCUGAGGAUACGCUAAUCCACGCGUUACGGGCCAUGACGCGUACGCUGGGCGGGUGCGCGAGCGGAUGUGGACGCAAGGGCCAUGCGUGCAGGCUCGACGCGACGCUGGCCACGCUCGCGCUUGUCACGCACGCGCAUAAACAAAACAUACCUGUUCAACGCUGGAGCGAAUGUUUCUGUGCGGCGACGAUGCGCGUGCUUGUGGCGGACUGCGGUGCGUCGCGCACGGAGUUGCGGGCGGCCGCGCUGCGUACCGUCGCCGCGAUCGCGACGCACGCGCAACUACUGCCACAUUUAGUUCAAUGUCUGCCUUGCGAGUCGCUAUUGGAGUUUGCGGUGGGCGCGUUCAGCCGCAGCGACGAGGCGAACGCCGUGCGCGCCGCAGCCGCAGCCGUUAUCACCACCGUCACCGUAAGAUCGUCGACUGCACAGAUCUCGGAAAAUGAUGUCAUGAAAACUAUUAUAGAAACGAGUUUUAUUGAGGAGUGCUUGAAUAUUCUGAUUGACUUCUGUAAUAAGGAGGAUUAUGACGAGUUCAUCGAGCCAAACGUGCCACUGUCAGUUCUCGAACGUGAAUCAGAGCUCGACGUUAGGGCUGAGAAAUGCGACGUGGCGUUCUCCCCCUCGUCUCGACAUCGCAAGGCCCCGCCCACCGCGCCGCUCGUUGCGGCAAUCGCUGACGUCAUCAACAACAUAUCCACGUACAAACACGCAGAUGUGAAGAGAUGGAACGAACAGGGAUUGUAUAGGAUUCUGUUUAGAUGCGCAUGUUGGACGUCAGAAGAUCCGAGCGAGUCGAGUGGCGUGCGCGUCGCAGCGUGUCGUGCGUUGGUUGUGGCCGCGACGCAUCGAUGCGUACGCGCCGCACUAGCUAACACAGUGGAUUGCUUGCACGAGUUCACGGAUAAUCUUAUAUUAUGCAGUCAGAUAAAUGAUAAAUGUGAUAUGGAAUUAUCCGCCGUAACACAAUCUUAUCUUCUGUUGGCUUCGUUGCUACAAGAAGAACCGGCUAAAGAUACUAUUUGGAAAGAGUUAAAAAGCGAAAAGUCAACACUAUUUUUUCACUUACUGUUGGAAUCACUGGAAAAUUCGAAUGCAGAAUUAUGCGACGCCGCAAUUUAUUGUCUAUCAGUACUUACAAGUUCAAUGGCAAAAUCAACGCAGAAAGAUAUGAGCAAGGACGAACGGACGAUAAAAUUUUUCGACAAUAUAAAAUCGGAAAUUCUAACAGACCGCUUGAGUGCGGGCGACGGACAAGACUUAGAAGACUGCCAACCGGAGUAUGUAGUAGAAAGCUACUGCAAAAUUCUUGUGAAACUUUUCCAUGAGUACUCCGACAGCAACCCGUGCUACUGUAGCCAUGACGAGCGAUGGUGUCGCGUGUGUGCGUGUUUGGCGUCCCUCCUGCGUGCGAGCGUCCGCGCGCGAGCGUACGGCACGCACCGUCGAUUGCCACGUGCGCUCGCUACAGCGUUACAGCGGAUAAGAGACGCUCUGUCACUGCAGGGAAAGUCGGCUGAAGUUAUUCGGAAUUCCAACAGUGAUCCCAUAUUGGAGACGUUGCAUUGGUUGUUGACGCUGAUGAGUUGCUUGAUGAUAGACAGCCCGGCAGUAAAGGAAAGCCUCUGUGACGAACACAUAGAGAUAUCACUGGUGCGGCUCUGGCCGUGGUGCAUGAUGACUGAGACGCUGCGAACUGACUUGCUGCUGCUGCUGGUUAACUUCACUAAUAACUGUCCUAAAGCGUGGUCGCGACUGUGCGUGUGCGUGUCGGGACGCAGCGUGCUGGGCGAGGCGUGCGCGCUGGCGGUGCGUGAAGCUGCGCGCGUGCGGGCGCCCGCGUUGCUUGCGGCCGUUUACCGCGUGCUCACUAAUUGCACGUCCAAUCAUCACUGCCGCUCUGUUAUGAUCAAGAGCGAGUUAGUCAGUAGCGCAGUGCGAUCUUGCGUGCGGAGCUCAGCGGCGGCGGGGCUAUGUGCGGCGCUGGCGCGGUACGCUGACGGUGCGGGCGCAGUGGCGGGCGCGCUGCCCCCCGCCCCGCCCCGCCGCCUGCUGCCUGCGCUCGCGCACGCCGCGCACCACGCCCGCCAGCUGUGUUUGCAGUCGCAAGACAUUCUGGAGCUGUUUUCGAGCGCGCUGCUGGCGGGCGACACGUCGGAGGUGGUGACCGCGGCGCGCGCCAUCUGGGCGCUAGCUGCUAACAAUCAUCGGGCAAAGCUGAUCCUCCGCACGAAUGGGCUGGCAUCGGCGGUGGAGUCGGGCCUACAGCGGCUCGCGAAGCUAACGAACGGCGAAGCGGAGCGAGCGGUGCAGCUGCUACAGUACACACACACCGUGCUGCAGACAUCUUGAUACUUACUACGAGACUAUACUGCACUACGAGUACUUGAUACUUGACAUUCCAUGUAUUGUUGCGAUGAGAAAGUUACAGAUUUACAAGGAUUAGUAAAAUCACGUAAGAAGGAACGUCACGUUAGGGACAUCUGUUUCACGCUUCCCUGUCAUCCAAGCAUUUUGCAUGUGGCUGAAAUGAGAACUGAGGAUACUUACUUCGUUUUGAUUGACAGUUGCUUCACACCUCCAAGCUAAAAAAUCUUUGUAAGUCUGUAUUUUACCUCGUACAUAACUUUACGCUCACAACAUAAGGGUCGCUUCCACAGAAUCUCCGAGAAACACGUCUGGAUGUACUGUACCGAUUGCAUGUUGCAUGUAAUAAAAAUUAUUGUGAUGACAAUAUCAAAACUUGCCCGAAUAAUGUUAAAUUAACGCAAUUUUUUUAUAUUCUAUUUAUAUUAUAAUAUGAGACUGAAAUGAUGUAAGUGA